AUGAGAAAGAAGGACCCUCCACCCCCUCCUAUUCACGAUGUCCACUGGUCCGUGGAUAUGACAUGGACCUUGCUGUCAGAGGUCGAGAAAGACGAGAACAGGCUUGUUUUACUGGGGAAGCGGGAUAAGAAGGAAAAUACAUCUGGUGAUAGCAAGAUUACUGUGUUUCAACGUAUUGGAUCUGUCGUGCUGCAAGACAGCUACAAGCUCAACCCAACGGCAACAGGCAAAGCAGUCAAGCGCAAGUAUGAUCAUACGGAAAACUCUGAUGCAGAUGGCAACAAUUCCGACAAUGAGUUUUUUGAAUAUUAUGUUCCUGCUGACGGUCCAAAUUCAACGACCACUGCAGAUGCACAAAGUAUCUGGGAUGAAAUUAUCCAGAAAUUCCCGUUCUUUCCCGUCCUUCACCGCAUCCUCCUGUCCCGGCCAAAUGUGACUCCCAUUGCUGUCACCACAGGCGUCGGUCCACGGGGCAAGAAGACUCUGCAUUAUCAGGCUCCCAGUGAUAGUGAGGACGACAACUCUGCCCCGCCACUCACGCCAGUUCAGCGCCAGCAGAUGCAGUGUCUCCACGACAUUCUUACAGUGGCGGCUCCUGCAACCCAUCAUCCAUCUCCUUCAUUCGAGCAAUUUCAUGAUUCACCCUUUGACGAAGACACCUGGGCUGGUGACAAUAAGAAGGAAAAUACUCCACUACCAUCUCCACCUGUCGCUACACCUGCCGGGUGCCCACCAAAAUCCUCAGCACUGUCUCCGGAUAUUCUGGACAAGGCAAAGCAGCGCAUCGCAAAAAUUCCGAAGAAGCGAAGCAUGGAUGAGAUGUUGAAUAUCGAGCAUUUUCUAAUUCAAGUGACCCUUAGGAAAAGCAUGGAUGCCAUCAAUUCUCGUGCCGAUGCUGAGAUGCAUCUCAAGAGCCGUGACCUCCUUCUUCGAGAGUUCAGUGCUGGUAUCUGGUCAGUCGAGGAGUAUCGAGAGAAGCUGAAUACAUUGGAGAACAAUUCUGCUAAUUCUCAACCUGAACCUCAAUCUCGACCUCCAAAACGAGUGCGCUACUCUCCUGACUGGGAUGAAUUUGACGAAAAUGAUUCCUAA